UUCUUCCAGUAUUAUGUCUCUGCUGCUGCAGCUUCCAGGUUUUGGGCAGAUUUGCUUUGAGCAACUUAAUCCCAUUUUUUCCAACAAUGGAGACCUGGAGUUAGGGAUAUUUUUGCCUUUGUACUCAGCUGACAUGAACGGGAUGACAGGAGCAGAAUUGUUUCAAAGUCCUCCUAACAAACGCUGUAAGACUUAUAAGAUCCUCUUCAAAAAUUACUUGCAACUCCUAAUUGUACCGUUCACUGUAGACGAGAUUAAUAAGGAUUCCAAUCUAUUGCCCAACAUUUCCCUGGGAAUCCACAUCUACAACGCUUACUCCAGGGAUGAAAGGACCUUAGAGAGCUCCCUGAGGUGGCUGUCUGGGGUGGACCAGCUCAUCCCCAAUUACAACUGCAGAGAGCAGGACAAGAAUUUGGCUGUCAUUGGAGGAGCCACAUCAGCUCUCUCGGUCCAGAUGGGGACCUUGCUUGACCGCUACCACUUUCCACAGAUUAGCUAUGGUCCAUUUGAUCCAGCUCUUACUGACAAAGUCCAGUUUCCUUCCUUCUACCAAAUGGCCCCCAAAGCCUCUUCUCUUCCACGAGGUAUUGUCCGCUUAUUGCUAUAUUUUGAAUGGAACUGGAUAGGUCUGAUGGUCUUUGAUGAUCUGAGAGGUGAAGAAUUCCUCAGGGAAAUGAGAGAGGAAAUGAUAAAGAAAAGUGUUUGCAUCUCCUUCACAGAGAAGAUCCCUCUCAGUGACAGAAGAAAGAGGGAAUCUUAUGAGACUUUCAUGCCCAGAUUCUUAAUGUCAGAAGUUGAAGUGAUUGUCAUUCAUACUGAUACAGAUUCAGGAAUUAUUCUGGGAACCCCAACAACACCUAAUUACCCCAUAAAGAAGAUAUGGAUCGCCACAUCUCAUACAGACAUUAAUGUGAGACCGUACUAUCAUUAUGGUUAUACAUUCCACGCAACUCUCUUCUUUUCAUACUUGACGAGUGAAAUACCUGGAUUUAAGACAAUUUUACAGACACUUGAACCUUUUAAAAACUCAAGUAACCUUUUUUUUAGACUAUUUAGACCAUCAUCUUUUAAGUGCUCAGGUCAGCCAGAAAUCCCAGGGCAAGAGUCAUAUUUAUCAAAUGUUUUCUCGAAGACUUUGCCUCAGCACCAUUUUGAAAUUACCAUGUCUAGCCUGAGUUACAUCUACAAUGCUAUUUAUGCCGUGGCUUGGGCUCUCCAUGAAAUGCUGAUGAGAGCAUCUGAGAAAGGAAAUGAAGAAUCUGUAUUAUCUCGUGCAUGGCAGCUGCACUCCUACCUGAAGAACACCCAGUUUAAGAACAGAGCUGGUGACCAGGUGUUUGUGGAUGAGAGUAGACGCACUGAGACUCAUUAUGCCAUUAUAAACUAUGUGUGCUUUCUUGAUGGGACAGAUCUUCUUCUGCAUGUGGGGGACUUUAUCCCAAACACUCCACUUAAUCAAGAUUUUACAAUUUGUGCAAAUGCCAUAGUGUGGGAUCAGUUUGGCCCAAAGGUUCCUUCUGCAGUCUGCAGUGAAACUUGUCACGCUGGAUUCAGGAAGUCCCCUAUGGAGGGGAAGCCUCCCUGCUGCUAUAACUGCUCCCCAUGCUCGGAAGGGGAAAUCUCCAGUCAGAUGGAUGCAAAUCAGUGUAUGAAGUGUCCAGAGGGUGAAUAUCCAAAUAAGCAGAGAGAUCACUGCCUCCCUAAGAUUGUGACCUUUCUGGAUGUGGAAGAAACUUGGGGGAUGGCUUUGACCAUUGUGGCUGUUUCAUUCUCUUUACUAACAGUCCUAGUCUUGUGGGUCUUUGUGAAAUUCCAACACACUCCCAUAGUCAAAGCCAGUAACAGGAACAUCAGUUAUAUGCUCCUCACCUCCCUUAUCUUCUGCUUCCCCUGCUCCUUGCUCUUCAUAGGCCGUCCUACCACUGCUACCUGCCUUCUCCAACAAACAGUAUUUGCAAUUGUAUUUACGGUGGCUGUUUCCUCCAUUUUGGCCAAAACCAUCGUCGUGGUUCUGGCUUUCAGGGUUACGGGGCCAGGGAGCAGGAUGCGGAUGUUCCUUCAUCCUAGAGUACCCUACUGUGUGGUUCUCAUCUGCUCCACAAUUCAAGUGGUUUUCUGUGCCAUCUGGUUGGGGACCUCUCCCCCCUUUCUAAAAGCAGACACAAGCUCUGAAUCCAGGUACAUCAUCCUCACGUGUAACGAGGGCUCCGUCUUUGCAUUUUAUUGUGUCCUGGGCUACAUAGGCUUUCUGGCUCUGGGCAGCUUCACCAUAGCCUUCCUGGCCAGGAACCUGCCAGAUACCUUUAACGAAGCCAAGUUCAUCACUUUCAGCAUGCUGGUGUUUUGUAGUGUCUGGAUUUCUUUUCUCCCCACUUAUCACAGCUCCAAAGGGAAGGCCAUGGUCAUUGUGGAGAUCUUCUCCAUCUUGGCCUCCAGUGCUGGGUUACUGGGCUGCAUUUUUAUUCCCAAAUGCUAUGUGAUCCUGAAGAGAGAAACCCCAAACUCUGAAAAAUCCUUGAAGGAGAAAACCUAUUCCGCAACAAAUCACUUGAAUUCCAGAGCAGAUGAGAACAACACAGUAGGGCACUCUAGAAUGAAGAAAUACCCACAUCCUGCUGCUUGGCCCUGUAACCCUGAAAGCCAGAACCACUAUGAUAGUUUUGGCCAAAAUGGAGGAAAGUAUUUUGCAAAUUCUGUUCGUUAG